AUGUCCUCGCCGUCUCGGACUCAGCUGGACGAAACAGCUGUAGAGAAUUUUCGCGAGUAUCUGCGGAUUCCUUCUGUUCAGCCAAAUGUUAAUUACGAUGAUUGUGUUGCGUUUCUACGUCGUCAAGCACAAAGCUUGGACUUGCCUAUCAAAGUCUACGAGCAUUACAAAGGAAAGCCGAUUGUUGUCAUCACCUGGGUAGGUACUGACCCAGCAAUAUCCGCGGUGUUGCUCAACAGUCACAUGGACGUAGUUCCUGUUUUUGCUGAUAAAUGGACUUAUCCGCCAUUCAGCGCAGAAAUGGACGACAAAGGGGACAUUUACGCUCGUGGCUCUCAGGACAUGAAGUGUGUUGGUAUCCAGUACAUUGAGGCGAUAAGACGCAUGAAGAUGAAUGGGUUGCGCUUCAAGCGUACAAUCCACAUGUCUUUUGUCCCUGAUGAGGAGAUUGGUGGGGUUCUUGGCAUGGAAGCUUUUGUCAACACUGCUGACUUUAAAGCUUUGAACGUUGGCUUCGCUUUGGAUGAAGGCGUCGCGUCACCUGAAGAGACCUUCUACAUGUUCAAUGGCGAGAGAGCCAUUUGGCAUAUCAAAGUCAUUUGUCCCGGUCACCCGGGUCAUGGAUCUUUGUUGCUGCCUAACACUGCUGGUGAAAAGCUCCGGGUUAUUAUUGAUCGGUUCAUGGAUCUCAGGGCUGAUCAGAAAGCUAAGCUUGAUACUGGCAAUUAUAUGCCUGGAGAUGUCAUGUCGGUCAAUCUCACCAAGCUUUCAGGUGGCGUUCAAGCGAAUGUUAUUCCGGAGCAGUUAACUGCAGUGUUUGAUGUUCGGAUCCCGCCGACUGUCGAUCAUGCAGAAUUUGAGCAGACCAUUCUCAGCUGGUGUCGUGAAGCCGGUGAAGGAGUUUUCGUCGAGUAUGAACAGAAAAAUCCUAAAAUUGAAAGUACUAAAUUGGAUGAUAAUAAUCCUUUUUGGCUGGCGUUCAAGAGUGCAAUUGAUAAGCAUGUUUUUCUACGUGGAAUUGAAAUUUACAUGGAUAUUAUUCCAUCAGUGGCUAAUGUUUAG